CGGAACAAAAUAUAUCUUGUCUGCUAGUUAUAUACAUUUAUUAUAUAUAUGUAGGUCAUUAGUUAUUUGGGGCUGCGUUUAUCUUUCUGUGCGGAUAGGAGCAGGGUCAAACAAAUAUUUCUGCUCUUUUAGACCACCUUGUUUUUGCGGAUAAGUCGAUAAAUUAGAAAAAUCAAGGUCGACUCGUAACAGUUGUAAUGUUUAUUUAGUAAGUGCAUUUUGCUCCUAUAUAAACGAGAGUUUAACCGGACGUAAGUGACUUUGGGUACAAAAUAAAUAUACCUAACUAGAUAACACAGACCAAGGUCUAAGAUAUGACACGUAAAACUUAUCAACCAAUCACAUAUUACAUCUAACCUAUCAUAUUUGAACUGCAAACAAUUCGUGAGCUAACUUUGCAUUUAUGUAAGACAUAUUUUCCUUCCAAUUAAUCUUUUGGCUUGUCAAUUUUGGAUAUUUAAAUUGUCUAUUCCCAAUAUCAGAGAUUAAUAAGGUAAUCAAAAAGAUUGAUCCACGAAGGUUUUUCUUGCCAUAGAGAAUGUUCUAAAUAAUCUAUGUAUUUUUUGCUACAAACAAAACCGUUGUAUUAGAGUUUUUGGCAGUGCCUGCUCGGACUUCUCAGAAUGCGAAGAAGGCGAGGAGAGGCAGAAAGGAUCGUAUAAAUACAAUCAAAUUCCCUCCCUGUCAACGAGCGUCGCCAGUUUCCAAAGUGUUAUGGAGCGAGAGACUGCACCGUUGCUGCUUUCCCCAUCCUAUAUGCCAGGAUACAAAAGCACACGCUUCACCAGUUCUGAUACCCUGGGUCCAGGUGAAUUAUCGGACAGAGAUAUUAUCGAGACAUACAAACGAACACAUGAGAAACCAGAUAAACAAAACAAGAAGAAACAGAGCUCCCUCGUUACUAUUUUUUCAAUAUGGAACACAAUAAUGGGGUCAUCCCUUCUCACAAUGGCGUGGGGCGUUGAGAGGGCUGGUCUCCCAGCUGCCCUUACCUUGGUGGCGUUUAUGGCAGCCCUCUGCUUAUUCACAGCUUACCUCUUAAUUCGGGUCAACGCUUAUCAUGGUGGCGAUACAUUCGAGGUUCCAUCUCUAUGCCGCCUUUUACUUGGUCCCAGGGCUGAAGCUGUUGCCCACGCCUUCAGCUUACUCGUAUUAACAGGCGCUAACGUCGUGUAUUGGAUACUCAUCACGAACUUUCUGUAUUAUACAGUCAAUUACUUUAUUGAGGAACCUCCUGUCAACGCAACCAGUCAUAACUCAUCUGUGCUGCUGUGCCCCAAACAUGAGCUGAUCCCCAGGUCCGCAAGUGAAGCUCAUGAUCCAUCCCCCUUCUGGGGCCUGCACACUACUGUACCAAUUUACGUAGCUGUUUUAGUAUUCCCACUACUCAACUUUAGAAAUGUCACCUUUUUUACCAAGUUUAAUUCGUUGGGUACACUUUCAGUACUGUAUUUACUGAUAUUCGUCCUAGUUAAAGGUGCAUCUUGGGGUAUAAACCUUAAUAUGCCCAUUGGCCCACGGGGUGGGACAGACGCGGCCGUACUAAGCGGGAUGUUGGCACUAUCCUUCUACAUACACAAUAUUAUUAUUACUAUUAUGAGCAAUAAUGAACGUCAGGAUAGAAAUGGUCGGGAUUUAACCAUAGCAUUCCUACUGGUAACUAUUACUUAUACGGUUGUGGGGGCAGUAUUCUAUGUGUGUUUUCCGUUGGCCAAAAGCUGUAUAGAAGAUAACAUAUUAAAUAAUUUUGAAAUGCACGAUGUAAUGACCGUCGUCGCGAGAGCAUUGCUGCUUUUCCAAGUAAUAACAGUAUAUCCUCUAGUGGUGUAUAUGUUGCGAACCGAAGCUGUUCUCCUUCUUCCAAUAAAGGAUUCGGGAAAGGUCACCAUAUUAAUCAAUCUCCUGGUGAUUAGCGUCAGCAUACUUGUGGCCUGCCUUUGUCCUAAUGUUGGGACUAUCAUAAGGUACACUGGUGCCGUCAGCGGCUUGGUGCACGUAUUCACUCUUCCAUCUCUCUUGUACAUGAGAUCUCUUCAGCUGAGAGGAGAACUCACUUUCUUUAAGGGGCUAUUUUACUCGGCAAUUAUCGUUUUUGGGGUUUGCAACCUCGGCAUGCAGUUCUUUAUAUCAUAAUUAUAAAUUGAAACCACACAAUUUUUGAAAGCUUAUAUUAAGAACUUGUGGUUUAGUGAGGGAUUAAUUGUGUUGCUUUGUUAAUUGGUAAGCUUGAAUUAAAUGUAUGUCCCAUGCCCGUUUAUGGGACUCAAAUGUUAUUAAGAUAUAAUUGUAUAAACAUCUAGUCAUAGAUUACAUAAAUAAAACUAUAUUUUUAA